GCAGUGACACGGAGGAGACGUGAGUCACCGAGGCUGAGCUGAGCUGAGCUGAGCUGAGCCGAACCGAACCGAACCUAGCCGAGCUGACCUGAGCCGCAGACAGAGAGCGAGACAACCGCCAACCGACGACCGCUAGCAUGUUAGGUUUCUGCUCCUGUCUGUCACAGGAGGCGCGCGACCACGGACGACUGGAGGACCGCAGUGUUGCUUCAACCUGAGGAGCAACAGCAGGAGCAGCAGCAGGAGCAGCAGCAGGAGCAACAACAGGAGCAACAGCAGGAGCAACAGCAGGAGCAACAGCAACAACUAACUGAAUUGUGAGGACAGCAAAGAUCACAGAGCAGCAGGUGUCAGCCUCAUGUUGACCUAAGCUCCACCCUCUGCCUGUCCCUCCAUUCUACUUGAAGUGAACACAGCAGCCAAUGAGAAUGAGCCAGCACAAAGAGGAGGAGCCAAGUCAAGAGCUGGAGGGCAAGGUGCAGACCUGGGCUCAGUCUCUGGUUUACUCUCUGGAGGAGCUCGAGUGUAAAAUCUGUUACAAUCGUUACGACACUCGCAGCAGGAAACCAAAACUGCUCGGCUGUUUACAUCGAGUCUGUGCCAAGUGUCUGAAGAAGAUGAUUGACAUGGGUGACUCGUCUCCGACCUUCAUCAGCUGUCCGUUCUGUCGUCAUGAGACACAUAUUCCCGACGAGGAGGUUUGGCUGAUGGAGGACGACAGACACAUCCUGGCGGUUCUGUCCUGUCAGGACCGAGCGCGGCGAGGAGGCGGAGGAGGGGGCGGCGGCAGCAGAGGAGGAGGCGGAGGUGGGGAGGUGGUGCUGAGUCCCACGGCUCUGACUGCAGGCGGUGGCGUGGCCGCGUCCCAACACUCCUCAGACUGUUUGGUCAUCACCAUCAUGGAGCUUCCAGAAGAGUCUCCGUCUUCAGAGUCACUGAGCACACUUAAUGUGAUGGGCGUGUACCGCCAGCCCAGCCUGGACUCGCUGCCCUGUAACCUGCCCGCCCACAAGUGUCACAGCUGGACGUCACGCAGUUUCCCACGCUGCCUGCUGGGGGCGCUGUGUCUGGUGUAUUUCAGCUCGCUGCCACUGGGGAUUUACCUGCUCAUGAUUGGUCAGCUGUGGAUGGGCGUGGUCCUCGUCAGCCUGGUUCCGUCCACGCUGCUGCUGCUCGUCCUCUACGGCUUCUGCCAGUGUCUGUGCCACGAGCUAAUGGAGGCGCUCGCCAUGCGCACACACACGUUGCCAUGACAGCGAUGUUGCAACAGUAACAAAGACAAAAACAAUGAUAUCACUGCAGUAACAAUAACAAUAAUCUGUAGCCCCGCCCACCUGACUUUGACAUCUGAAAACCAGCAUUAACUCAAAUCAACAGCCAAUCACAGAGGACACAGAGAGGAGGCGGAUCUUCAACUAUCAAUCACAUGAUUAUGUCCACUCCAGGUCUCUUAGCCUAGCAUAUCAAAAUUUAGCCUAGUUUAGCAGAAAAACUGAAAGUAGGCAGAAAAUGUUAGCUUUGGAAGGCUAGUUGAAAACAGUUAGCUUAAUUUAGCCUAGCUUCUGAGGGUCAAUAUUUAGAGGAAAAGUGAUUGAAGCUUAAUAUGUGCCAAGCUAGGCUAAUAGCCCUGGAUCAGACUGUUGGAUUUAAACUGUGAUGAAGAUGAUGACGGCCUCUAAUGGUCAGCUGACCUGUUGUGUCAUUUCCUGUCACAUGACACUGAUCACUGUUAAUGUGAAAUAAAAAUUUAAAAAAACUAUCAUCGUAGCAUUUUAGCUUAGCUUUGGUCUUCACGGAUUCCCUUAGGAAAUCUAAUAUUUACAUUAGUGCACUGUGAUGCUAACAGUGCUAAUGACAUCCAUGAGUGUUGUGAUGCUAACAGUGCUAACGUUAGGCAGCCCGUGGCCAAGUGGAAAGGGAACUUGGCUUGGCCAGUUGGCUGGGGUACCCCUGAGCAAGGUACCCAACCUACGUUGCUCCCCAGGUGCUUCUCAGUGUGGCAGCCCACUGUUCCUGAUUCUAGGAUAGGUCAAAUGCAGAGAAAUAAUUUCCCUAAAGGGAUUAAUAGAGUAUUAGUUUAAUGACAUCCAUGAGGGUUGUGAAGCUAACAGUGCUAAUGACGUCCAUGAGUGUUGUGAAGCUAACAGUGCUAAUGACAUCCAUGAGUGUUGUGAUGCUUAAUGACAUCCAUGAAUGUUGUGAAGCUAACAGUGCUAAUGACGUCCAUGAGUGUUGUGAAGCUAACAGUGCUAAUGACAUCCAUGAGUGUUGUGAUGCUUAAUGACAUCCAUGAAUGUUGUGAAGCUAACAGUGCUAAUGACGUCAAUUGUCAGGACACUGUAAAGCUGGAAGGAAAGGAUUGCGUAAGCAGUGGUGCUGUGAGUCAGGUGAGAGGUUUACCUGUGACUCAGGUGAGGUUUACCUGUGACUCAGGUGAGAGGUUUACCUGUGACUCAGGUGAGAGGUUUACCUGUGACUCAGGUGAGAGGUUUACCUGUGACUCAGGUGAGGUUUACCUGUGACUCAGGUGAGAGGUUUACUUGUGACUCAGGUGAGAGGUUUACUUGUGACUCAGGUGAGAGGUUCCCCUGUGACUCAGGUGAGAGGUUCCCCUGUGAGACAGAGCAGAGCUCAGCUGUUAAUUAAAAGCUUGCUGCUCCUCAGAGACGUGGAGAUCGUCCGUGUUUAUAGAAACGUGAAAAGCUGCUUCACCACAAACAGAAGGUGGACGUGUGAAGAUCAGGUCACUACCACAG